AGCGCACUGUCGUAAAUAAUCACGUGGAGACAUCAUGGAUGCUCCUGUGAGUUUGCUGUAGAUUGUUAUACCUUACCUGUAGUCUUUAGCUCGAUUUUGAACAUUUGUUGAUAAAAUAAAAUUCAUCUCCGCUGUGGAGAAACAAGAAACGCUGUCCUGAAAACAGGCGACACCUCCCAGCCCAGCUGACAGUGCGGUCCGGUUGUUUUACCACAGCAGCUUUGUGUGUGUGUGUGUGUGUGUGUGUGUGUGUGUGUGUGUGUGUGUGUGACAUUAUGUGUGUGUAAGUGAGUAGAUGCUCACAGAGUGUAGUCUGCAUCAUGUUCGUGUUGGUGGAGAUGGUGGACACGGUCCGGAUCCCUCCGUGGAACUUCCAGAGACAACUCAACGACGCCAUAGCUGAGGAGCUGAACAAGAAACUGGCCAACAAGGUGGUCUACAACGUUGGCCUGUGCAUCUGCUUGUACGACAUCACUAAACUGGAGGAUUCCUAUAUAUUCCCGGGGGACGGAGCCUCACACACCAAAGUUCAUUUCAGGUAUGUGGUUUUUCACCCAUUUCUCGAUGAGAUCCUGCUCGGCAAGAUCAAGUACUGCAGUCAAGAGGGAGUUCAUGUGACCAUGGGCUUCUUUGAUGACAUUCUCAUUCCACCAGAGUCACUUCAACAGCCUGCAAAAUUCGAUGAAGCCGAGCAGGUUUGGCUUUGGGAAUACGAGACGGACGAGGGGGCCCACGAUCUCUACAUGGACCAGGGAGAGGAGAUCCGAUUUCGGGUGACCGAUGAAGUCUUUGUGGACACGUCGCCGACGGGGCCGGCCGCGGCGGCGACGGACACGCCGGCUCAACCGGGACAGUCGACGGCGCCGCCCCCAGAGGACAGCGGGGAAAAGAAAGAGGCCCCGUACACUCUGAUUGGGACCAUCUGUGACCCGGGGCUGGGGCUGCUGUCAUGGUGGAACAGUUAGCGCUGAAGAAGAAGAAGAAGAAGAAGAAGAAGAAGAAGAAGAAGAAGAAGAAGAAGAAGAAGAAGAAGAAGAAGAAGAAGACGACAUUUGGUGGCAACUGACAGCUCGACCAUCGUGACGAGAGACGGCCAGCUGGAGACACAGAACCCAGGACGUUGGUACACAAGUCAAGACACAACGUCGAGCAGCUCCCUGAACCAAGAUGUGAUGUCACAUUGAGACUGAUUGUUGUUGUUUUUUUAUAAUACUGCCCUGAACACGCCAGCUUCAUGUGUACAUAUGUGAAAUUGACCCUACAGAAUAAUUCAAUGGACAUUUGGUGAGAUUUUGACCCCCAAUUCAAAAGAAUUAGGCCAUUAAUCAUUUGAAUCUCAACGUCAUCACUACUUUGGCGUGACAGUCGGACAUACACAGGUUAUAAAAUCUGACGUAAAUGGCUCAAAGUAGGAGGUGUUGAACCCUGAGCAGCAUCUGUCAGGGAUGAAAACGAUGUGGCGCCUAACGGUCCGUGUAACGCUUAUCAGUUCAAUUUUCUAAGAACAAACGGAUAUUUGGAAAAACAGAAAAAUGGGUUCAAAUAUCAAU